AUGGGCGGGGCCUGGAUGUCUCUGAUCACCUGUCUCUCUCUCUCGCAGGUCAUCUCGGCGCUCUCCAAGAUCUCGCAUCACAUCAUCGCCCAGAACAAAGGAAUCCGAUCCUUCCCAUCAGAAGACACAGCAGAAAAUGACGACGACGUGUACCGCAGUCUGGAGGAGCUCGCCGAUGAACAUGAUUUGGGGGAGAACGACACGUAUGACGUUCCGUGCGAGGAGGACGACAUUUACGAAGACAUCAUCAAAGUGGAAAAUCAGCAGCCGAUGAAGAUGGGAAUGACCGAAGAUGACAAGAGGAACUGCUGCCUGCUGGAGAUCCGCGACACCGAGGAGCGCUACUACCGCACGCUGGAGGAGAUCCGGCAGAAUUACAUGUUACCCCUGAAGCAGAUCCUGACCCCGACCGAGAUGGCCGUCAUCUUCAUCAACCUGGAGGAACUUAUAAAGGUUCAUCUCAACUUCCUGCGAACCAUUGAGCUGUCAAUGACGCCCGGCGGCAGCAUCGGCCAAGUCUUCCUGGACUAUAAAGAGAAGCUGCUGAUUUAUGGCGAGUACUGCAGCCAUAUUGAAUAUUCUCAGAAGACGCUCGACCAGUUGAUCGCCACCCGGGAUGAAGUCCGAUUAAAGAUUGAGGAAUGUUCCAUGAAGGUUCAGGACGGGAAGUUCAAGCUGCAGGAUCUGAUGGUGAUUCCCAUGCAGAGGGUCCUGAAGUAUCACCUGCUGCUAAAGGAGUUGCUGAGCCACACGGCGGACUGUCCGGAGCGAUUUAUCCUGAAGGAAGCGCUGGAGGCGAUGCAGGAUCUGGCCAUGUACAUUAAUGAAGUGAAGAGAGACAAGGAGACCCUGAAGAAGAUCAGCGACUUCCAGAACUCCAUCGAGAACCUGCAGGUGAAUCUGGAAGAAUUUGGGCGACCGAAGAUCGACGGCGAAUUAAAGGUCCGAUCGAUAGUAAACCAGGCGAAACAGGACAGAUACCUCUUCCUGUUUGAUAAAGUCGUCAUCGUCUGUAAGAGGAAAGGAGACAACUACGAGCUGAAGGAGAUGAUAGAACUGCUGUACCACAAGAUGUCCGACGACCCCACCUACAACAAGGACAUCAAGAAGUGGUCGUACGGAUUCUACUUAAUUCACCUCCAGGGGAAGCAGGGAUUCCAGUUCUUCUGCAAGACGGAGGACAUGAAGCGCAAAUGGAUGGAGCAGUUCGAAAUGGCGAUCUCUAACAUCAAACCGGACAAAGCGACGGCGAAUCACCACAACUUCCAGAUGUUCACGUUUGACAGGACCACCAGCUGUAAAGCCUGCAGGAUGUUCCUGAGGGGAACCUUCUACCAGGGAUAUUACUGCACCAAGUGCGGCAUCGGGGUCCAUAAGGAGUGCCUGGAGAAGAUCGCCCCCUGCAGGAUCGGCCCUGAUGAAAUGGAUUCGGUCAUCAAUGUCUCAGGGCCCAAGAUGUUGGCCGUCCAGAAUUACCACGGGAACCCGGCGCCUCCCGGGAAACCGGUGCUGACCUUCCAGACGGGAGAAGUGAUGGAGCUGCUGCGAGGGGACCCCGAUUCCCAGUGGUGGGAGGGACGGUUACUACUCACCAGGAAGUCCGGCUAUUUCCCCAGCUCCUCCGUCAAGCCCUGUCCUGUGCAGCCAGUGAACCGCUCGGAUUACAGCAGACACCCCUGGUUUGCCGGGAACGUGGAGCGUCCACAAGCGGAUAACCUCCUGAAGUCCCAUCUGAGCGGCACGUACCUCAUCCGCGAGCGACCCGCCGAGGCCGAGCGAUUCGCCAUCAGCAUCAAAUUCAAUGAUGAAGUAAAGCACAUAAAGGUGGUGGAGAAGGACGGCUGGAUCCACAUCACCGAGGCCAAGAAGUUUGAAAGUUUACUGGAGCUGGUGGAAUAUUACCAGACGCAUUCACUGAAGGAAAGCUUCAAGCAACUGGACACAACGUUGAAGUACCCCUACAAGCUGCAGAAGAGCCGCAGCGCCCCCAAGUCCCCAGUUUUCACGCCACGUCCUGUAGGAACCGCUGUCGCCAGGUACAACUUUGCAGCCAGAGACAUGAGGGAGCUGUCGCUGCGGGAAGGCGACGUGGUGAAGAUCUACAGCCGGAUCGGAGGGGAUCAGGGAUGGUGGAAAGGCGAGACCAACGGCAAAAUCGGCUGGUUCCCUUCCACCUACGUUGAGGAGGAGGGGGGGGUGCAGUGACUUCCACAGGAAAUCUUUGCUUUCUCCACACGGAUUUGUUUGCACAGAAGGGACACGGUUCCGAUCCCUCGCGGCGGCGGCGCUUGCGCCGGGGGAGGGGGUCUUCCUCGCUGGUAUUACUUGUAUAUAAGAUUUAUAGUUCUGAUGAGCGGCAAUGUACGAGGAGGGGGAGGGGGAGGGGGG